AUGACUGCCACAAUCAGACCAUCGGUCCUCAUCAUAGGAUGCGGCCCAGCAGGGUUAGGUGCUAUUGAGCAGUUUAAGCGCAAAGGUUUCGAUGUUGUGGCGUACGAGGCACGAGACAGUGCCGGCGGUCUGUGGAAUUUUGAUGCAACACCUCCGCCAUGCCGUAUAACAUUUGCUGCGGAUGGCCAUGCCAUCGCACUUACGGACCUGGAACGUUCCGGUAGGCCAGCACCGGCCCCAACACCAAUGUAUGCUGGUGUCACGGCAAAUACACCUAGAGAUAUAAUGCCUUAUCGCUCGAACCCAUAUCCGAAAGGUACAGCGGAGAGUCCAGCUUACGACGUAAUCUACCAAUAUCAAAAACAGCACGCUGCCCGCUACGCGGAUUACAUCCGACUGAAUAGGGUCGUCACUCGAGUGCGGCAUACACCCAAAGGCAGUGGUCAUAGGAAAAGAUGGUCAGUGGAGUGGACGCCAUCUGUAACAGGCAGCUUGCCGGACGUGGGAAUCACAUUCGAGGAAGGAUUUGACCAUAUUGUCGUCGCAAACGGGACAGAUUCAAGACCAUUCAUUCCGUACACGGAUGGAUUGUGGGACUGGAAGGGGGAAUUAUUGCACUCCAGGUGGUAUAGAAAUGCCAAGGUGUUUGCCGGAAAGACAGUUAUGGUCGUUGGGUCUGGUCCCUCUAGCGCCGAUAUUGUGCGAGAACUCGGCAUGCUUUGUGUUGAGCAAUCACCUCUGGCGCCCACCAAGGUGUACCGUUCAUUCAAAAACAAGCUACGUUACGACACCGAACAGGAAAAGGGAUGGACCAAGUAUAUCACCAACGUCGCACGAAUGCGAACUGUCGAGGCCCCAUCUUCGCAUUCUACCACAGGACGGAUCAUCACUCUUGCGAACGAGGUUCUGGACGAUAUAGAUGCGAUCAUAUUUGCUACUGGCUUUGUGGCUCGCUUUGAAUUCUGCCACUCAUCCGAUGCUCCAUUCGACAAGGCACCCCUGGUACGUCGUCCGGAUGUUCCAGCAGGAUCGCGCCGUCCACCCAAGGACUUGGUAGAUCAGGCUGACCUCGAGGGCGGACACAGGGUUCACAACCUCGACGCAUAUCAACUCUUCUAUCUUCCCGACCCAACUCUCGCGUUCCUACUUCUUCAUGCAGAAGCUAUUCCCUGGCCAUUCUCCGAGAUGCAAGCCCGCGUAGCCGCCGCACAUUGGACUGAUGCACCGCUCAAACUAACACCUCAUCCACAGGAGGACGUGGACUCGCAUGAUGUGUUGGUUCUUGGGCAUCCGGGAGAACUGACUAACUUAUCUCUCUAUUGA